GUUCCAGCUCUAAUAUUUAAUCUUAAUAUUCCAUCUUAACAAAGAUGCAGCAAUAUUAAAACAAUAUAAACCUCUCUGAAAUACUUACAGUAUUGUGCUUUUAGAGAUCGGAAACAUUGACAUCUGAAGGAUUGUAAGACGUCACAUCCAAACAAACGAAAAAAAUUGUGAAGGAUUGUCGGUGGCCGCAAUGGAGAGUGGGUCGGCUGCCAAGACGGGCGAUUUCUUCUACGGUUGGGAUCUGCUGUACAAGACCGUCCAGGCUGAGGUCGACAAAAAGUCUGACCUGUUGAUCGCCCUCGUCCACUUUCUGCUGACGAAGCACUACAAUUUUCGUUGCGUUGGCAUUGGCGAUGAUAAAACUUUGCCGGAGGAGGAGGGCAGUGAGCUGCUGCCGGACAGCUGGAAUGAUGACGACACGAAGUACUCGCUGCGCUACGUGCACGAUAAGAUGCUCUACCUGUUGCUGGGCCACAUCACCGAGGACGCCCUGCUGAUCAACCUGAUGGAUAUCAACACUAAGAAGGUGUCCAACAUCUGCGUGGAACCAGAGACCCUGGUGGCUGCGGUAAAAGGCGGCAUCACCACCAUAAUGCCGACAGCCUCGGAGAUUGUUGAACGCUAUCGUAGGGAGCUCCUGGACCCGGUUUUCACAGGCAACUCGCGCGAGGUCACCACACAAACGACCACCUCACCACGUCCCAGUGGAUCGGAUCCAGAUCCCCUGCGCAUCGGCGAGCCCAGGCGUGGCGGAUCUUUUAUUCCAGGUGGAUUCGAGCCUCGCCCUUUUGGCUUUCCGGACAUUGGACGCGGAGAUCUCGAUCCACUAGGUCGCGGUGGUCCUGGUAACCUGUUCGGCUUUCCAUCUCGACCAAAUAUGGGCCCGGGACCUUUGCCCCGCUUCGACCCGUUUAGUCCCCUCAAUCCGAAUAGGCCGGGACAGGGUGGAAUCAAUCCAGAUCAUAUGCGCCCACCAGAUUGGAAUCCCGAUUACUACAUGUGAUUACCAGGAAUGCCAUGCGUAGUGAGCUAUUCAAAUCUUUAGUUUAUAACCACGAAAUAAACAUUUUCAAAAAUUGA